ACAAAACAGAAUAUGUAUUCCUACUUUAAAGCGGAGAUAUCAGCAAUAAUCAAUCCAGAAUCACCUUGUUACACCGCAUGCAAGAGUUGUCAAAGAAAGGUUUUUGUUGAAGACAGCAUAGCUAACUGCAACAAUUGCAAUACUGAAGAUGCGGAAUGGGAAAUAAAGUACCUUAUGCGAUUGGAAGUUAAAGAUCAUAUCGACAAGGCAUAUGUUACACUUUUCGAUGAAGCUCGGUUUCUAACUGGUUGUUCAGCUGAAGAAUAUGUAGAUUCAUUUGAUGAAGAAGGAAAGGAGCACUUAUCACCUAUGUACCAGAAAAUGAUGAGCUGUUGCGACAAAGAAUAUCUUUUCUUGGUAAAAAUGAACAGGAAAGAUGAAGAGAAAAGAAUUGAAGGAAGAAUAACCGCUCAAGAAAUAUGCAGCCCAAACAAUUUCGAACCAAUAAAAUGUGAUGAAGAUGAAGAUUCAAAGGACAUUUCACUGAAGCGAAAGAGUAUGACAAGCCUGAAAAAAGAUAUGAACAAAAGAAAGUUCAUGAAUAAUAAAAAUAUUAAAAUAGAAAGUGAGAAGUGAUACAUCAUUUAUAGCAUUAUGAUGAA